UCAUACUAAGUUUAACAGUAACAUUUCUUAACUAAGCCAAAACAGAAUUGGUCACACUGCAACCCGGCUAAACUAAAAACAGAAUUAAAAUUAACAAUAUUUUGAUGAUAAACUAUGGAAAAUACAUCUGUGGAGCACCACAAACGUCUGGAAUACUGUACUACGAGACUGCAAUAUCGACAGGGACGUGAAUUGAAAGCUGUCAAAGUUUAUACUGUUGCGAAUGAGUCCCAACACUUGCUGAUAUUUGGCGUUCCCAAAAUAAAUCUUCAUAGUAAUCUGAAGACAAAGCUGCAGGGUUUCGGGAAACUUCAAUCCUGUGUCUGUAUAACUCAGGAAAUCACACCCAAAAUGGAGCUGGAGGCCUUCACGGAUGUGUUUGCCGUUAAAUUUGAACGCCUAGAUGUAGCUAGAAGAGCUAAGAAAAUGUUGGAUGCCCGAAACUUUUAUGGUGGAGUGCUGCAUAUAUCCUACGCCCCGGAAAGGGAGUCUCUUGAGGAGCUGCGGGAGAAGUUGGUUCAGCGCAGAGCAGACGUAGCACGCCGUAAAAGACUUAAUCAAAAGGACGAAAUGCCGCAGCCGGCGAAGAAGCGAAAUGUACACGAGACGCUUUAUUAAACAUAACUCAAUGAACCUCAAGGCAGAACAAUGUCAGCAUGGUCUCCUCGGCAUAUCCUUAGUUCCGCUCUCGCUCGUUCACUUGGUCAUUUCCUAAAGGGCCCAUUAUUUCUGCUUCGUCCGUCGUAGGUCGUGAUAGUAGUUGAGCAGACCGAUGCGUUUUGCCCAAAUUUGCGCUCCGUAUGUAGCCCAGAAUCUGCAGUAUCCAUUAGAUAAAUAAAUAGAACAAUACCGGAGGAA